AUGCCUCUAAUCCUGUACAUAAGUCCUACUGAUGGCAUCGCUCAAAUCCAUAACAUUAGUCCUACUGAUAGCAUCGCUCCAAUCCUUAACAUUAGUCCUACUGAUGGCAUGCAUCUAAUCCUUAACAUAAAUCCUUAUGAUGGCAUGUUUCGAAUCCUUGAUAUUUGUCCUACUGUUGGCAUGCCUCCAAUCCUUAACAUAAGUCCUGAUGAUGGCAUGCCUCCAAUCUUUAACAUAAGUCCUACUGAUGGCAUGCCCCCAAUCCGUAACAUUAAUCCUAUUGAUGGCAUGCCUCCAAUCUUUAACAUUAGUCCUACUGAUGGCAUGCCUCCAAUCCUUUACAUUAGUCCUACUGAUGGCAUUAUUCCAAUCAUUAACAUUGGUCCUACUGAUGGCAUGCCUCCAAUCCUUUACAUUAGUUCACCAGAUGGCAUGCCUCCAAUCCUUAGCAUAGGUCCUUAUGAUGACAUGCCUCCAAUCUUUAACAUAAGUCCUACUGAUGGCAUGCCCCCAAUCCGUAACAUUAAUCCUACUGAUGGCAUGCCUCCAAUCCUUAACAUAAGUCCUUAUGAUGGCAUGGUUCCAAUCUUUAACAUUAGUCCUACUGAUGGCAUGCCUCCAAUCCUUUACAUAUGUCAUACUGAUGGCAUGCUUCCAAUCCGUAACAUUAGGCCUACUGAUGGCAUGCCUCCAAUCCUUAACAUUAGUCCUGCUGAUGUCAUUAUUCCAAUCAUUAUCCUUAACAUUUGUCCUACUGAUGGCAUGCCUCCAAUCCUUAACAUUAGUCCUGCUGAUGGCAUUAUUCCAAUCAUUAACAUUUGUCCUAAUGAUUUCAUGCCGCCAAUUCUUUACAUAAGUCCUACUGAUGGCAUGCCUCAAAUCCUAAAUUUUAGUCCUACUGAUGGCAUGCCUCCAAUCCUAAACAUUAGUUCUACUGAUGGCAUACCUCCAAUCCUAAAUUUUAGUCCUACUGAUGGCAUGCCUCCAAUCCUAAAUUUUAGUCCUAAUGAUGGCAUGCCUCCAAUCCUAAACAUAAUUUUAACUAAUGUCAUGCCUCCAAUCCUUUACAUUAAUCCUGCUAACUGCAUGCCUCCAAUCCUUAACAUUAGUCCUACAGAUGGCAUGCCUCAAAUCCGUAAUAUUAGUCCUACUAAUGGCAUGCCUCCAAUCCUAAACAUAAAUUUAAAUAAUGGCAUGCCUUCAAAUCCUUUACAUUAG